CAGCUGUUUAAGCGCGCUUCAUUUUCCAAACAGAAAAAAACCUAAUUGUUAGCGUCCUGUGUGAAAUUGUUAAGUGUUAAAAGUUAUUGAAAAUAAACCGAGCAUUGAAAGGACUUCCCAUGGACCAGUCUAAACAGGUUUUGCGGGACUACUGCGGCGAUGGCAAUGGUACCUGCGCCUCGUCCUUGAGGGAAAUCACCUUGAUUGAGACGGUGACCAGUUUUCUGGAGGAGAAUGGAGCCUCGGAAAUCGACAGGAGGGUGCUGCGCAAACUGGCGGAGGCUCUGUCCAAAAGUAUAGAUGACACCAGUCCGGGAGCUUUGCAAGAUGUCACCAUGGAGAACUCAUAUGCCAGUUUCGAUGUGCCGCGACCUCAGGGCGGCAGUCACUCGCCAAUGAUGAUGCAAGGUCGAUCUGUGCGCGAGUUGGAGGAGCAGAUGUCCACACUGCGCAAGGAGAACUUUAAUUUGAAGCUGAGAAUUUACUUCAUGGAGGAGGGUCAGCCGGGCGCCCGUGCAAACAAUUCCCAAGACUCUUUAGGCAAGCAGCUCAUCGAUUCGAAAAUCCAAAUCGAAAUGCUGCGAAAAACCGUCGAUGAGAAGAUGGAACUGCUUAAGGAUGCCGCCAGGGCAAUCUCACACCACGAGGAAAUGCAGCGCAAAGUAGACUUCGACAGCCAGGCGAUAAUUGAUGACUUGCAGGAACAGAUUCGCUCGUAUCAGAUGGCAGAAUCUGCCCAGCCUGGCGAAAGCAAUGCUUCAUUUGAUAUGAAGAAGCUGCAGCGCCUUGAGUCGGAGGUGCAUAAACUGGAGGAUGAACUGAUGGAGACCGACAUACGUAACAAGGCUGCCAAAAGUGAGCUAGAAUUCGCGCUGGCCGAGCGCCUGGAAUCGCUAACGGCAUGCGAGGCCAAGAUCGAGGAGCUGGCCAUCAAGAAUGCAGAGCUAGUGGAGCGCCUUGAAAAGGACACCGAAUCCGUCGAGUCGGCAAACAAGAUCAUAGAACAGUUGAAGGUUGAGAUCGGGGAAUGCCGGGUGGAGAAUCAGAACUUGGUGACCUCCGCCGAUGCCGUAAAACUCGAGCUGUCCGAUCAAUGCAUGUCUAUGAAGGAUGCCGCCGAAACGAUGGACGUGCAGCGGCAGACCAUCAAGCUCUUGGAAGACACAAUCAAGCGCAAGGAGCAAGCGUACGGAGGUAUGUUAAACAGCCUGCUGGAGUACGAGGCAUUGAUAGCCAAACUAAACGCCGAACUGGAAAUUGUGCGGGACGAGAACUUUUACUUUCGCGGGAUCUCUGGAAACCUGCGGCAAAAGGAGCUGCGCCAAUUGGAUCGUGGCGUAGCCGUCGUGCAGCCGAUGCGCACAGUGGUGGAUGCUGGGUGUUUUGUGCGGCAGUCGGGGGCCGUCGUCGCGCAAAAGCCUUUGCGAUUGGAACGCCGGUCAGGUGAAGCACUUCCAAUCCAGCGAUCAGUGCGCCCAGCUCCUAAAUCGUCGUUGUCCACAGCCGCAGCAGCAGCAGCAAUCAUAUAUGAAUCCCCAGUAUCUUCACCAGUCGGGGCACCACCACAGCAGGCACGCAACUUUGCUGGCCGUGAAUGCACCCAGUACGGCUUUCUACAACUAUUCGUUGCCAAGUUACACUGGGUUCCGGCAGUUCCUCUGGCGCUGGGGCACGUAGCCCUUAAACUGACCCUUUUGAUGGUGCAGCUGCACAUCUGUCUGCAAAACGCACGGAUGCCCUUACAGACCAAGCGAGAACUGGGCGCCCAACUGGCGGACAAGAUGUGCGAACUACAGGACGCCCAGGAGAAGCUCAAGGAGCGCGAGCGAAUUCACGAGCAGGCCUGCCGCACUAUUCAGAAGCUGAUGCAGAAGCUUAGCAGCCAGGAGAAGGAAAUCAAGCGCCUUAAUCAGGAGAAGGAGCAGUCGGUCAAUAAGGGGAACGACAGCAACAAGACGACUAUUUCGCCAUCAACGACAGGCCGUUCGAUGAGUGACAACGAAGCAUCCUCACUGGAAAUCUCCACCAAUCUCAGGGUGCGCUACGAGCUUAAGAUCACCGAGCAGGAGGAGAAGAUAAAGCAGCUGCAAGCGGAGGUCAAAAAGAAGACUGCCAAUCUGCAGAACCUGGUCAACAAAGAGCUGUGGGAGAAGAAUCGGGAGGUGGAGCGCCUAACCAAAUUAUUGGCGAAUCAGCAAAAGACGCUGCCCCAAAUUGGCGAGGAGUCCGCUGGCGAAGCAGACCUGCAGCAAUCCUUCACAGAAGCGGAGUACAUGCGGGCAGUGGAGCGCAACAAAGUCUUGCAGCGCAAGGUGGACGUGCUCUUCCAGCGCUUGGCAGAGGAUCAGCAGAAUUUCGCGGUGAUCGGGCAGUUGCGAUUGGAACUCCAGCAAGCUCGCACGGAUGUGGAGACGUCGGACAAGUGGCGUCUUGAGUGCGCCGAUGUGUGCAGUGUGCUGACUAACCGACUAGAAGAGCUGGCCGGGUUCCUAAACUCUCUGUUGAAGCACAAGGAUGUCCUUGGCGUUUUGGCCGCCGAUCGUCGUCACGCCAUGCGUAAGGCUGUGGACCGCAGCUUGGAUCUCUCCAAGAGUCUUAAUAUGACUCUGAAUAUAACAGGUGCUUCCUUGGCUGAUCAGAGCCUCGCGCAGCUAUGUAAUCUCUCCGAGAUCCUGUACACCGAAGGCGAUGUAAGCCACAAGACGUUCAACUCCCAUGAGGAGAUCCACGCCGCCAGUUCAAUGAGUCCAACAGUGGAGAAUUUGAAGGCGGAGAACAAGGCUCUGAAACGGGAACUAGAGAAGCGACGCAGCACCGAAGGACAGCAGCUGCAACGCAAGGAGCGUCGCUCCCUGCCAUUGCCGUCCCAGCAGUUGGACAACCAGAGCGAAUCCGAAGCCUGGUCAGAGCCAGAUCGCAAGGUUUCCCUGGCACGCAUUGGCCUGGACGAAACAUCCAACAGUUUGGCAGCACCAGAUCAGCCAGCCAGCGAGUCGGAGAGUGAAGGAAGAGCUUGUGCCACCCGCCAGGAUCGCAACCGUAACAGCGAACGUAUCGCCCAGCUUGAGGAACAGAUUGCGCAGAAGGACGAACGUGUGCUUAACGUGCAGUGCCAGUUGGUGGAGCUGGACAAUAGGUACAAGCAGGAACAACUGCGCUGUCUUGAUAUCAGCCAACAACUCGAACAAUUGAGAGCCAUCAACGCGGCUCUGACUGCGGACCUGCAGGCCAUAGGAUCGCACGAGGAUCAGCGAAUGGUGGAGAUGCAACGCCAGCUGGAGCUCAAGACCCAGCAGAUUGACCAACUGAAGCUGGCACAGAGCACUUUGACUGCGGAUGCACAGAUAACUGAAAUGGAACUGCAGGCGGUACAGCAGCAAAUGCAGGAAAUGGAACAGCAGCACGCCGAUUCGGUGGACCACCUGCAAACUCAGCUCGAGCAACACAAAGUGGAAGCAGUUAAGCAGUUGGAAGAGCACGAGCACCUACACCAGGAGGCACUCGAACGUGACUGGGUGGCACUAACCACCUAUCAAGAGCAGGCGCAACAGCUGUUGGAGCUGCAACGCUCCCUGGACUAUCACCAGGAGAACGAGAAGGAGCUGAAGCAGACGCUCGUCGAGAACGAGCUGGCCACGCGGGCCUUGAAGAAGCAACUGGACGAGAGCACGUUGCAGGCUUCCAAGGCGGUAAUGGAGCGCACAAAGGCGUACAACGACAAGCUUCAACUGGAGAAGCGCUCCGAAGAAUUGAAGCUUCAGCUGGAGGCGCUUAAGGAGGAACAACGAAAGUUCCAGCAGAAGCGCUCCAACAGCAGCGAUGUCUCUCAGUCUGGCUACACUUCCGAGGAGGUGGCGGUGCCAAUGGGACCUCCCGCAAGUCUGGCUUCCUCUUCCAAACUGACUGCUGCUGCAGUGGUGGCCCAGCGGGUCAACAAUUCAUCCCCAGAUCUGGGCAUAGAGAGCGAUGCCGGAAGGAUUUCAAGCGUAGAGCUAUCCAAUGCCCAGCGAGCGAUGCUCAAGACUGUAGAGUUGAAAAACGAGUGUGCGAAGACAAAGUCCGAGGAAUCUUCUUCACCUGACAGCAAGGCCAACCUGGCAACUGCUGCAGCCACAGCUCACGACUGUGCCAAGGUAGAUCUUGAAAACGCCGAGUUGCGGCGCAAACUAAUUCGCACCAAGCGCGCAUUUGAAGACACCUACGAAAAGUUGCGUAUGGCUAACAAAGCAAAAGCACAAGUCGAGAAAGACAUCAAAAAUCAAAUACUAAAAACGCACAACGUUCUGCGAAACGUUCGCUCAAACAUGGAGAAUGAGUUAUAACGAUCGCGCCGACGUCCAGUAUAUCAGCAUUAACCCGAGAGGCCAUUUACCCAAUAUUAAUUUGCCAUUUUCAAAUUGUUCUUGCCAUUUUCAUUAUUUGUCUGCAUUGUAUUUUGUUGUCUCGUUGCUAACUUAUAAUGAUUCUUUUAUAUAUUUUUGUGUUUAAAGAGAAAAACAGCGAAGUUAUUAAUACAAAAUACCCAUGCAUUUUCUAAAGACUGUUAUGGGAAUCGAACCCAUUGAAUGAAAUAUCACAUCUGUUUUUAGCACCAACACAUAAAGUUAACAGAAUAACUGAGUGCUGAUAAAAUGUAUCUAACCCGGCGCACUCAUUCAUAUUGAAUGACACAUGUAUAUUAGACUGUAUAUAUCCUCCUAGUACCUAAACACUUACGAAUAUUCUCUAGCAUACUUCUCCUGAUUCUUGUGUCGAAUAACCAAAACUUGUAUUAUUACUUGCGUGUAGCUACCGCUUGAUUAAUGUAUCCUCCUACUACUUAACCGCUCUUAAUCCCUGAUUUCAGUUAAUCAUCGAAACGGAUAUUGAAAUAAUUGUUUGACUUACCGCCAAAACGGUUUAACCACGUUGCCAUCCAAUAACUUUGUUUCGAAGCAUCCCUUUGUACAAUGUGUAAAAAGUAGUGUGUGGUGUCCUGAAGAACAAGACCUAGAACUUAAGUCAUUUGUACCCUGUCGUUUUAGGGAAUAAACAAUUGCGUUAGAAUUAUAAA